AUGCUCAAAAGAUUUUUCAGUCUGACCAUCACAAAACCAGUUCCAGCAAUGAGCACCUCCCCACGUCAUUUAAUUAGCAUCUCUCACCUUUCUAAAGAGGAAUUCAAUAGCUUGGUCGAGAAGGCCGCAGCAUUCAAAAAAAUAGUCAAGGCUGGUGACUCUGAAACAAUCAAAAAGAAUCAUGACAAGCUCUUGGGAAAAUUGGUUGCGCUCUUGUUUUCCAAAAGAUCGACCAGAACUAGAAUUUCUACCGAAGGUGCUGCAGCGCAUUUUGGUGCCCAGCCAAUGUUCUUGGGCAAAGACGACAUUCAGCUCGGUGUCAAUGAGUCCAUGUAUGAUACUACCCGCGUGAUUUCGUCCAUGACAUCUUGUAUUUUCGCUCGUGUGAACAAACACCAAGACAUUCUGGACUUGUGCAAAGACUCGACGGUACCGAUUAUAAAUUCGCUCUGCGAUAAGUACCAUCCAUUGCAGGCUAUUACUGAUAUCUUGAGUAUCAAGGAAGCCUUUGGGAAGACAAAGGGGUUGAAGUUGGCAUGGAUAGGUGAUGCGAAUAAUGUCAUUAAUGACUUGGCCAUUGCAGCAUUGAAAGCGGACAUUUCCGUCUCCAUUCUGACACCAAGCUCUGUUCAGGUUGACCCUUCUAUUGUGAAGACAGCACAGGAAAUCGUGGACGCCAGCAAUGGUUCUCUUUCGUUCGAGUUGGUGAACGAACCAGCAAAGGCGUUGAAGGACGCCAAUGUUGUGGUCACAGACACGUGGAUCUCAAUGGGAGAAGAGGAUGCCGCUGCCAAGAAAUUGAAGCAGUUCGCCGGCUACCAGAUCACACAGAAAAUGCUUGAAGAAGGUCAAGUAAGCUCCGAGUGGGUAUUUAUGCAUUGUUUACCAAGACACAAAGAAGAAGUGGCAGAUGAGGUAUUUUACAGCGACAAGUCGAUUGUGUUUGAAGAAGCCGAAAACAGACUUUACGCUGCUAUGGCCGUCAUUGAAGCUUUUGUGGUGAACAAGGGCGACUUGUUGAAGUGA